AUGAUGGAUUCGGAUGACGAGAAUCUCUCUGUGCACUCCGCAAUCUCAAAUCCAUCGGAUUUCGCCGAAGAUGAGGAGGUUGACUACCUGGCACUGGAGCUGCUGCAUCAUCUCCCGUCGGAGAAGGCGGACAAGCUCAUGAAGAGUUUACGGGCCAAGGAGAAGGCCGUGCAGGAUUUGGUAGCGAGAAAUCGCUCCCUGCUCAAUUCCUGUGAGGCCUUGGAUGACGAGAACCAGGCUCUGACUGAGCGUUUGAAGGAGGCUGAAGAUGUGGUGGCAAAGGUGCCGGAGUCAACACCACCGCCAAAGGCGCCGCAGUCAGCUCCGGUUGAUAAUUCCUUCUUUCUGCAAAUGGAAAGAGGAAAGGAAGAGACCAUUCUUCGCUUGACCAGUGAGAACCACAAGCUUGCAGAGCAGGUCCGUCGCUUGAGUGAAGGUUACAAGCAGAUGGAGGAGGCUUUGACGCAAGCACGCAAAGACAUGAAACGAGUUCAGCAGGGCCAGACCAAGCAAACGGUGCCGACGUCAGGCUCGCCGCAGCUGGACGAAGAAGAACGCCUCUACCGGGAGCUCCAGGGUGAGUCCAUGGGCGACCUGAUUCUCCAAAAGCUCCAGGAGAAGCAGGCCGAGCACCGGCUGAAGAUCCAACAAGCUCUACAGGCAUCGCUCACGGAAGAAAUUGGACGUAUUGAGAGCUGGGGCAGCGAUGUCAAGGGCGUUCUGCUGGCAGUGGACGGUUUGGAGACUCAGCUGAAGCAUCAGCUGAAAGAGCCAAAGUCAAAGAAGGCCAAAGCCCAGCCUGGUGACAAGGACUCCAAGGCUCUCAACUCCGAGCACGUCUCCGUCUUGUCGGCACAGGUGCUAGACGAGUUCGACACCAUAAAACGUUCCUUGGAGACUGUGGAAAAGGAGCAACUUUCCUUGGAGCAGACGCUGCGUGCGGCUGAUGAAAGUGCAGAGCCAGUGGCUGUGGCUUUCGAGCUCGAAAGCUUCGCCAUCGCAGAGAGUGAGGCUGAGUGGCUGCGGGAGCACAAUGCAGCAUGGGUGGAGCGGUGCCAAAGCCUAAGCCUCCAGCCAAUGCUUGAUGUUCUGAUGAGGACGGACUCGGCACUCGCUCGCUUGCUCUGCAGCGCGCCGCCUGGUCUAAUUCCUCCAACGGUCGACGAUGGCCUGAAGGAAACGAGGACGCACAUGAACGAGCUCAGCGAGCAGCUGCAGGUGCAGAUGUCCUCCAUUGCACAGCUGCAGGAGGAAAGUGCUGCCUUGAGCAGAACUGUGACGUCACUUCAGGCCUCCCAGAAGGCUCACAAGUCGGAACUACAGCAGAACGUCUCAGACUCUCUGAGGAGGACUUUGGCAACCUUCGAAGAGCCAUUGACAGGGAUGAGAGGUGGCCUUCGACAGCAGAGUCAGGUGCUGGCGAGAGCUCGGGCAGAAGUGUCGAGAGUCCUAGACGACUUGGCAGCAGUAACUCAUCGUGCUGCAGCUGCUGCAACGCAGGGAUCGAGCAAGGAGACUCCCGCGAUCAGUUCCGAGCUGCAGGAUUUCGUGAUGUCAGAGAUCCGUCAGGUAAGGUCAAUGGGGAAGAAGCUUGUUGGCAACCUGGAGGAGGGCUGCAAGGCAGUGGAGUUUCGAAUGCAGAAGGUCAUGGAGGCGAUCUCUGGGGAUCCGAAAAGCCAGUCGCAAAGCAGGCAAGUCGCUUCCUCCAAGCAAGGCGAGCGAGAAAACCAGACGGAGGCGAAGAAGAAGCGUAAGAAGAAAGGUGGUGGUCAAGCAGCGAAAGGUGGAGGUGAGGACAAAGAGCACGAGGACGAGAUGAAGCCUGCAGAAGCGAAGCCGGCAGCCGAGGCAGAGGCAAGCCAGACCGCUGGUCUCGAAGGGCAGCAGGAAGAAGACAAGAAGGUGGAUGCACAGCUUCGUGAGGAGUUUCAAGAAGCCUCGGAAAGUCCAACGAGCCGUUCCAAGCCGAAGCGCUCUGGAGAAGCUAGGGACAAGGUGCUCGCGGGUGCUGACUUACUUCAGGAACUUCAGUCUCUGCAAAAGGACACCGAGGCUCUGGAAGCACGAAUGGCAGAGCGGAUGCAGGCCAGGAUCGCCCGAACUGGUGUUGAUGAGGAGGAUGCAGCCAAACCCAGUGCAGCUGCUGCACGACGGCGCAAGAAGAUGUUCGCCUGA